CUUCGUGUUCUGGAGAGCAAUAGUGAGCGAAAUACGUCGAGGGAAACCGGGAUUUGUGGUAUACCUGCCGAGGAAGCUAAAUUCGCGACGCCCUCGCCGAGUGGACCUGUCUGUCCUCCUGAAGUAUCUCAAAGUAGAACGCCAUUGAGUAAUGGUAAUCUAACUCACGGCAAUCGUUUGGUAUGUUGCGCAAGUUCCGAGACAAGGACCCCAUUGACAAUCCUAUGGACCUCUUUCCCGUUUAAGGGCCUGCUGCAGAGCCGAUCAAGGCUGUGGCAGAGGAGUAACCGAGGGGCAGAAACGUCCGGAAACGCAUUAUCAUGCAACGAAAGAAGUGCACGCGGAGGGUGCUGCGUUCUACCAGUUCUUUGCGGGCGAGGAAACCAGGAGGCAGCAGAUAGAGGAACUUCGUUCCGCUCGCGAAGAGACGAAGAAUAUGCGAGAGGAUAUGGGUGCGAUCGCCGUGGUUCCUGGUGAGGUAGAGGGUGUGCAUGCCGAAGGUUCGAGCAGCCCGGGCAGUCAAGCACUCAAGGAACACAAGAGGCGUGCUUUUCUCGACGUAAAAUGGAAGAAACUGAAAACCGACGGGGACGUGCCACCGAAUGCACGAUUAAAGUCGAUAUCACAGACUCCUGUUGACACUCCACCUAGGGAUCCGUUCGCUACAUUGGAGCAGCAGGUACCUAAACCGCCAUUACCUGAACCUAAGCGAGCAGCAGCUCGUUCACAAGCGGGGACGACGGCAAACGCGGAUGCCUUUUUGGCUCAGCUAGAACAAGAAGUGCGUAAGAAACGGAGGUAGCAGUAAAUAUUUGCCAUCACAUUGUAAGUUCCGUUGGACCCUAAAUAUUUGAUACUUUCAGAUUGACAUGGCCUUCCUGGCCUGUGAUACUAGUCUUUCUGGACAUAUCAGAGAAAAUCGGCCGCUCAUCUGUUUAUAUUCGACCACCCACUGCCCUCUCCUGUUAAAACGCCUUCUAGGCGAUUCCGUCCCCGAUACCACGUCCUAUCAUGAAUUCUUUCGUUGCCCGAAGGACUUCAAUUGCCGGCUUCA